UUUUAUUUGAAUACGGCAACAGCAGAGCCACAACGGUUCGGGUGCCACAAUUGCUUCGAGUUUCCUUGCUCUUCCGCACUCCCGCUCUUUGCUUGAAGUUUGCCGCCCACGCUCCUGCGAUUGAUCCCGAUUCUCUCAUGCCUCAUUCGCCCUGUUCGUCUAUGGUUUUCCUCAUUCUCUAUGCCCUUUCGGUGGACGGCCGCGUCUUCUAGGGUUUUGUAUCUCCCUCGUUUUCAUGCUUAACGAAAAUGAACCGCCGCUGCCACGGGAGAGGGCGGCGGCGGUAAUAACUGAGGAACAAAGAGUACGGAUCACCAGCAACUUCCGCGCCGCCAAAGCUCUCCUAGCCCGGAAGAGGCCCCUUGACUCUACUUCUCCUGCUCGUUUCCCUAAAUGCAGUGCAAUGGAUGGCUCAAACCUUCGCAGCUUUCCUGUCGUCAGAGUGCCGCUUUCAGAUAUCAACAAUAGAUUAGGGUUUCGAAACGGGUUUUCCACUCCCGUGAAGCCCUUGGGAAUUUGCCCGUUUCAGCGCAAGGAUACGACUCCGUCGUCGUCGAGCAUUCUUGACGAGGAGCUGGAUGACUCUUUUCUGGAGGAGGUAGAUACUAUCUGUGAGCAGCUGUCUUUUGUGAAGAAGGAGAAGCCAAACACGGAGAGGGAGGGAGAUGUCGGUAUGGAAGCAGAAGGGAAUUCUAGUUUUAGUGAAGCUGUGAGAUGCGAUGAGAUGACAAAGAAGUAUCACGAUUACUUUCAGUCGCUGAAUGAUGUUCAGAGGGAGGCAGCUUGCAGCAAUAUAUCAGUGCCAUUGAUGAUCGUAGCCGGGCCGGGAAGUGGAAAGACAUCAACCAUGGUUGGGCGUGUGCUGACUCUUUUGAAGGAGGGGAUUUGUCCUGCUAAUAUACUGGCCAUGACUUUCACAACUGCCGCUGCAUCUGAGAUGAGAGAUAGGAUUGGAACAGUCGUAGGAAAGGCAAUUGCAAAGGAGCUUGCAAUCAGUACAUUUCAUUCGUUCUGCUUACAACUAUGCCGUUCACAUGCUGAAAUGCUGGGGCGCACAGCUGAAUUUCUUAUUUAUGGACAUGGACAACAGAGGCGAGCCAUUAUAGAAGCACUGCGACUGACAAACGGUGAAGAGAAGAAAGAGAUAGAAAUUGAAGCUUGUGAAGAACUUAAUGGUUGUGAUAUUGCACGCUCUCUGAAAGCAAAUUCAAAAAAAUGGCUAAAAUUUGUGAUACAGGCUAAGACAUCUGGAAAGACUCCUGAAGACUUGAAAAAGAUGGGUCAAAGAAAUGGAGCUGUGAUUCUUGAGAAAUACAAUGACAUACUUAGAUCAUGUAAUGCAUUGGAUUACCAUGACUUUAUUAAUUCCUCUGUAAAGCUGCUGUCUGAUUUUCGUGAAGUUCGUAAAGAGUGUCAGGAUACAUGGAAGGCAAUUGUAGUCGAUGAAUUUCAGGACACUAGUUCUAUGCAGUAUUUUCUUUUAAGGAUUUUAGCAUCCCAUAACCAUGUUACAAUUGUUGGUGAUGAAGAUCAGUCUAUAUUCAGUUUCAAUGGAGCUGAUGUCAAUGGAUUUGAUUCAUUUCGUAGAGAUUUUCCAACUCACAAAGAGAUAAAGUUGAUUAAAAAUUACCGCUCUACACGUCGUAUUGUUGAGGCUGCAUGUUGUGUUAUCCAUCACAAUGUCAAGCGAGGGCAGCAUAAGCAAGUUGAAACCGAUAAUUCUAUUGGCUCUUUAAUAACAAUUAAGGAGUGUCAUAAUGAAGAAGCACAAUGUUCGUUUGUUUUGGAUAAAAUAUUAGAAAUUACAUCCGAUGGUUCAACUUCUAAGAAGUCUUUGGGCAAUAUUGCAGUCCUAUAUCGCAGACAGAUCUCUGGUAGAGCAUUCCAGAUCUCCUUCCGGAGCAGAAAGAUACCCUUUAAUGUCCACGGUGUUGCUUUCUACAGGAAAAAGGUAAUAAAGGCAGUUAUUGCAAUGCUUAAAACCACAUUGCCAGGCUUUGAUGAUAAUCCAUUUCGCCAAGCUUUCAAGGCUCUUCUUCCUGGCAAUAAAGAAGAAAGAAAAAUGAUGAUUGAUUAUGUAGAAAAAAUAUCAACAUUUAGAAAAACUACCUUUCGUUAUGCGGCCAUUGAUGUAUUUGGUGCAAAAAUCUCUGGCACCUUCAAAAGGGCUCAACUCACCCAAGGGCGCAGGGUUUUGUCCACACUUGGCAUGCUAGCAGAUCUUGUUAGAAAGGAGCAAUCUAUAUCAGUGGUUAUCUCUUCCGCUGCAAAUAUGUUGCCUCAGAGGCGCCUUCUUGAACAACGGGCCAUAGUUGAUGUUGAAGAUGGAAAGUAUUUGAAUGAGGACAAUGAUCCAAGAUCUGCUCUGGAAUACUUAUUGGAUGACGUAUGUGACUUUCUGUCUUUGCAUUAUAAAAUUGAAAAUAGAAAUGAGAGCAGUGAAGGCCAGGAUGGCUGUGUUCACGUACUCAAGUCAUUUCUGGAUUACAUAUCUAUGAGGGAAUCAGAAAAUUUUAGGUCUCGACGACAAGAUAAUAACAAUUCUAUUACGUUGACAACCAUUCAUCAGUCAAAAGGUCUGGAAUGGGACAUUGUUUUCAUUGUGAAGGCAAAUGAUACCGAAAUUCCAUUACUCCAUGAGUUUGACGGUGCUGUGCAGGAAAAUGGGAUGAAAUUAGAGGAGGAACGAAGAUUAUUUUAUGUUGCCAUGACUCGUGCUCGUGAAAAGUUAUAUAUUUUAUAUAAUACCGUGGACUGUAAUUGGAAGUUGCUCCAACCUUCAAGGUUUUUGAAGGAGAUCCCUGGUCAUCUUGUUGAACUCCAGGGUGAGGCACAAGCAAAUAAACUGGGAGAUUUGCAUGCUGAAAGUGGAACUGAUCUUUUUGAUUCCAAAAGUGUAUCAUCAAAUGAAGUAGAUAAAAACUGUAACAGUGAACAUUUUCCAGACAGUUUAAUAGAAAUGCCGGAUGCUGGUGUUGGGAAUGAUUUUUUGAAGAGCUUCAAUAUUGAAGAACGGUUGAUUGUCUCACAUUUAUUUCACCAAUGGGCCAAAAAGCAAGCAUUUCAACAUCCAAAACGGCUGCUUGAUAAGGUUUUUUUGGUCAACUUUGUGAUUGAUGAAAGGCUGAGGAAUAAAACAUACAAACAUAAGGAUACCUUGCGUGUUUUAAAAUCCUGUUUAAGUAAUGAUCAAGCUUUCCACUAUGCGCAAUAUGUUUUGAGGUGGGAGCAGAUCCCUAUGUACAGGCGUGCUCAUUUGAUGAGAGAAAAGCAGGAACAUUUCCAGAAGCAAAGAAUUGAGGACUCAAUGGGAUCAGCAGAAGCAACAUCCAAGCAGAUUGCGUUUCUUCGAAACUUGGGUUGCACUGUCACUCCUACUUCACGUCUGCAUGCAUCACGUUUGAUCGAACAGUACAGAUCUCUCUGAAAUGGAGGUUCUUAAGCAAUUUAUCCAUUAUUUUAUUCUCAUAAUUUUUGUCAUUUAAGCAGCACUCUUCUCUUUGGGACAAUUUUUUCUGUUAUUUUAAAUUAUAUUCAAAAUUUAAAUUCUCUUUACCUUUUUUCCCUACUGUAGCAGAGAAAUUACUUUAGCUCUAUUCGUAAAUUGCUUCUGUUGUGAGUUUUUAGAUAAAA